AUGGCGUUUUCUUCAAAGAUCAUCACAUGCCUUCUCCUCCUUACGGUCUAUAUGGCAGCUCUAACAGAGUCACACAUAACGUGUGGGAUAGUGACAUCCACAUUGGCUCAGUGCAUGGGCUACUUAACCAACAGUUAUUCAGUGCCAUCAGACUACUGCUGCGCGGAAGUCAAAUCAUUGAAUCAAAUGGCUCCGACCACACCGGACCGGCAACAAGUAUGUAAGUGCCUUAAAGCAGUGGCUAAGGAAAACGAAGGAUUCAUCCAAAUCGAGCUUGUGGGCACACUCCCUACCAUUUGUGGUGUUUCAGUUCCCUACCCAUUUAGUUUCAGCACCAAUUGUGACAAAAUAUCGACUGCCGUGUGA